UUGAGCUGGUCGACGACAACGUUUUUUGAAUUGACUGUAUUCAUGUGUCUUCUCACCCGCAACAGUUAAACAAAGAAAUGAUACUCAAGGGAAUGACAUGUGGUCUAAUGUGGGAAAACAGAUAUGCGUAACCGUUAAACAAAAAAAUGAUACUCUAGGGAAUAACACAUGGUCUGAAAUAAGAAAGCAGUGGAUUAGGUCUAUCCAAGCAGUGAAUUAGGUCUAUCCAAGCAGUGGAUUAGGUCUAUCCAAUAACGAUUGCCUAUAGACACCAUGACUGGUAUGGAAUGGAGACUUACCAGACGAUAUAACGUGUUUGACGUCCUUUUCUAAGUCCUAAGCAUAAACACUUAAAAUGCAGAGAAGCUUGAGCCAAACAGAAGUCAACCCAUACCUUUCCAGAUGAUCUGAUGCCGUAUAAUACACAGGAGAAUACAAUAACCCAGGCUACAAACAGUGCAAGGGCCAGAGGUGGUCGAAUCUCUCCCGGUACUUCAAUACCAGAUGUAACUUGAAGUAUGAAGUUCCUGAAUAAACAGCAACGCAUGCCGUAUUUGAGUUGUAAGCUUAUGACACCUGUAUCAAGGGUACACCUUCCGAAUGAACCUUUCCUAGCUUCCGCUUAAUGGGGAGUGUCCGCUCAAUAGAGGUUACCUGGAAGGUUUGUUUGUCAUGGAAUCACCAAUCCAUUACCAGAAAACCGUCCAUUACCUAUGGUAUAUAGCAACUUUUGAAUACGUCUUCCAGUACAAGAAGUCUCAUCCUUUGAUGUUUGCCCUGUUUUUACCUCUCAUCAUACCUGGUUGUUUACUCAAGGCCAUGUUGGCUGGUCUGGUCAUUCUCAAAGCCGUUUCUGUCCUGUCUGGUUGUGGAGUGAAUCUGCUUAUGUUUGCUCUACCGUUGAUGCUACAUUUAUCAGGACAUUUAGUACUGGGGGUUGCCUUGGUUGGUAUUUGUUACCUUAUAUACCUUGUCUACAAAGCAAUCCUGCAAGUCUGUCGUAGUUUUGAGUUGGAGCCAUGGACCGCACGAACACUACUCACCUAUAUUAUCUGGCUGAUAUACGAGGAGUGUUACAUAGCACUACACAUCUGUGGUCUAGCAACUUAUGCCAUGGUCUACAUUAUACUGUCCUAUCUACCAUGCAUGCUGGUACUAAUGGCGUGGCUUGGCCUGAACGUGGUGAAGCUAGUUUUUGUCAUGACAUUGCUUGCAUAUAACCGAUGGUGCAGCUUGGCAUCUGAUAAUGGCAAGCAGUUCUGCUGUUGUAAAUCUACAGAUAUAUUUCCUAUAAGCCCAGGGAAAGAAAGAGAGAUUCUGAAGAACCAAAAGGGGAAGACGAGUGAAGUGACGGAUAAACCAAAGAAACAAAAACUGAGCGAUGAAACAACUGUUGAGCCACGCCCUGAGACAAGCAAGCAGACGAUCAGAGAAAAGGAGAUUGACAACAUUAGAAGAAGCAUAUUGACAACAAACCUGACCAAGGAAAAUGUCAAGGACAUGUGGCUUAAGAAACAACAGUCGAGGAGAGGAAGUCGAAGGUGGUCCAGGAUGAGCAACAACGCUCUCUCUGUCAGUGUGUCUUCCAUGUCUAAAGAUUGGUAAAUCACAAGUGUCUGGCUGUCUGAACUCAACUAUUGGUAUUCCAGGAUGAGCAGCAACGCUCUCUCCGUCAGUGUGUCUUCCAUGUCUAAAGAUUGGUAAAUCACAAGUGUCCCGAUGUCUAAACUCGACUAUUUGGUUCGGAAUAAGAGAUGAUACUGAGUCCAUAGACUUGUGGAAGCAAUCUUAGCCUCAGUACCCCACACUGGUGGAAUCUACCCAGAAUGCUUUGAAACCAAGGAACUUUGACGUCUAUCAGAAAUCACUAGACUCACUCCUGGCUGUUUAAAGGCCGCCGCAUUUCUUA